AUGGAUCCCGAAGAUCACAUCAUUCACUACAUCAUAACAGUGAAAGGCAACGACCUAUCAAAGGAGCAAGUACCAUCAGUGCUACUAAAAAAGUUUGGCGAAACCUUAACCGGAGGAGCCCUAACUUGGUACUCACAAAGACCGGCACGGUCUAUAACGACGUUCGAGGAAAUGGCCGACAAGUUUGUCACCGCCCACGCCGAAGCUAAGAAAGCGGAAGCCAGAGUAAAUGAUAUAUUCGCCGUCAGGCAAUCGCCUAGCGAGGGAGUCAUGGACCUUUUAGCCCGGUUUAACAGGGUAAGAGUGAGCUUACCAAAUGUAUCGGAAGGAAUGGAGGUAGCAGCUUUCCAGAAAGGGUUGAAUAGGAACGGAUCAAGGGCGACAAGAAAACUAUUAAGCAGACUCAUGAAAUACCCUCCCACCACUUGGGAAGAAAUUCACAGCGCCUACUGCGCCGAGGUGAGAGCGGACGAAGACGACCUCAACGGUCCGAUACAACGCUUAACAUCGGUUCAAACAGAGCCGAGGAAGGACCGUCGUAGUGAUGGUCGAAGAGAUCAGUCAGGACCCCGCUUCAACCGAGACAGGCACCAACCUUAUGUCAGAACCGCGUCCCACUAUCUCCUCGCCAUGUGGAAGGACCGUCCAGGCCGCAUACAGGGACUCAGCGGAACGAAAAAUAUAGUGUACGCACUAGAGAAGCUUAGCCCGAAGGUGAAGUGGCUGCAAAAGAUGAAAUCCGACCCAAGUGCCCGAAAGUCGAAUAUCCUUUGUGAAUUUCAUCAAGAGAGAGGUCACAAAAUUGAGGACUGCCCUACGACAAGAGGUAGUGAACAUGCUCCACCAAGGGCGCCUAAAGGAAUUGAUGUGCGACCGAGGAAGAGCCAAUUUUGGCCGCGGAUGAGAACAACACCAAGGCCCACCAAAGCCGCCCUCUCCUGCCCGCACCAUUCAAAUGAUCAUCGGUAG